CGCGCGCAUCCUCCCGCCGCCCGCGCGCCUCUCCGCGCCGUCCGGGCUCCGCCGCUCGGCCCGCGCCCUCGGACCCCGCCGGCCGCACAGGAAGGACCCAUGGCCAAGCCCGCGCUCCGCAGCGCCCCCGUGCGGCUGCUCGUCCUCCUGGCGCUCCUGGAGCUGAGCCUGGGGGGCUCCUUCGCACCUGGAUCUUCUCUCCGAUCCCCGCCUGAGAACCACAUCGACGCCCCAGGCGCCUCGCUGUGGACGCCGCAAGCCAGCCACCACCGCCGGCGGGCCCUGGGCAAGAAGGAGCGGGGUGCAGGCUUGCCCAGGGCUGUGGCCACCCCCACUAGGCCGGCCUCCCGACUACCAGAGCAGAAACCUGCGGGCCUGCAGGACGAGGACCUGCUCCUGGGGCUGGCGCUGCCCUACCCGGAGAAGCAGUACCGGUCCCCGGGGUGGGAGAGGGCGAGGAGACGCGGCCGCGAGCACAAGAGGCGCAGGGACAGAGCGAAGCCGUACAGAGGCCGGGCGCUGGUCCGAGGCCCCAGCUCCCUGAUGAAGAAGGCAGAGCCCUCGGAGGACCUGAUGCUGGACGCUACCAUGGAGGAGUCCUCUACCAGCCUGGCCCCCGGCCUGCUCUUCCUCACCGCCUUGGAGGCAGCGCCUGCCACGGAGGAGUCCCUGGUCCUGCCUGUCACCUCUUUACAGCCCCAGGUGCCACCGAGGUCCGAUGGGGACGUGAUGCCCACGCUGGACAUGGCCCUGUUUGAUUGGACUGACUAUGAGGACUUAAAACCUGAGGUCUGGCCCUCUGCGAAGAAGAAAGAGAAACACGGGGGCCCGUUCUCCAGCGGUGGCAAUGAGACAUCGCCAACCGAAGGGGAGCCCUGCGACCAUCACCAAGACUGCAUGGCAGGGACCUGCUGCGACCUGCGGGGACAUCUCUGCGUACCCCACAACCGCGGCCUCAACAACAAAUGCUUUGAUGACUGCAUGUGUGUUGAAGGGCUGCGCUGCUAUGCCAAAUUCCACCGGAACCGCAGGGUCACGCGGAGAAAGGGACGCUGCGUGGAGCCCGAGACGGCCAACGGCGACCAAGGGUCCUUUAUCAAUGUCUAGCGGCAACCUGCGGGGAAACUGAGCCCGGGCAGCGCUGAGAAGCUGGGAGAUAAUGUGUGUGACUAGGAGAGAGAGAUGCAGUGCAGGGACCGGGCUGCGGGGGCAGUGGGAGCACGGGCUGCCCCUGUCCGGGAACUGAAAAGCGGCGCAUCUGCUCCUGCACCCGGACCCGCGCACCUGAACGGGCCAUCUGCCCCCGCACCUGCGCCCUAACCGCACACCUGCGCAGCACACCUGCGCAGCCUCCGUGCCGUGCACAGCGGUUGUGCAGAGAGUGCCCUCUUCCGUCCGGCAGCAGCACUGCAGCAGUUUGCAAACCAUCAGCAGGGUUUGCUGAGUGGAACAGUAACUGGAACUCCGGGCAGGAGACUCCGAACACCCCCACGUACUAGGCGCGGUGCGGAGCGUGCGGCACGCAUCGUCUCCAGGAAUCCCCACAACAGCCUUUCCAGGUAGCCAUGACCGUUUUCCAGGUAAGGACAUAGAGCCACACCUGAAUUACAACUUUGUCCUGGGACCCCGGAUGGAUCCUCGCGCCUUAACUUGUGUAAGAGUCACCUGGGGCCUCGCUAAAAUGUGGACAGGGAGAGCUGAACGUGGGCCAGCCACAGAUGGCCAAGGCCUUGUGCCUGCCUUCCACAGCUGAGAAUUUAGCCCAGUUUCGCCAGGCUUUGGGCCAGAAAAAUGCAAUUCUUUGUUGUUACUCUUCCUCUUACUGUGCUCUCGGCAUCCCCUGGACAUUGGUGCUUUUUUUUUUGAACCGGGAAUUAAACUCAGGACCUUGCACUUGCCAGACAGAGGCUUAUACCACUGAGCUAUAUCCCUAGCAUUUUUAUUUUUAUUUUUUUGAGACAGAGUCUCACUGCAGUUCUGGCUGCCCUUGAACUCAUCUUGUAGCCUAGGCUGGUUCUGAACUCACAACGAUUCUCCUGCCUCAGCCUCCCGAGCGCUGAGAUUAUAGGUGUGCCCUACCAUGCCUGGCUUUCUUUCUUUCUUUUUAAUGUUCAUUAAACAGCUGCUUUCAGUAAGGAAAGAUCUGGGGAGAUUGGUUCCCCCCACCAUGUGGUAGCUGGUAUUCUCAGACACAGUGUUUGGAGAAGACAGUAACUUUGCUCCUUGAAUUCCUGUGGACCUGCUUAUCCCACCCUGGGAUCUGUGCUUCCAAGUUGUCCUGAGAGAAUCUGCCACUGUUGUUCUGAUGCAUGCACACUCUCUAAGAAGGAUCCCCAGACCCCAUCCCACAAUUCUGCAGCAGACCCCAUUGGGAAGUGGGGACCUCUGCCUUAAAACACCCCAACAGUCAGACCCAUGAUGUCUACCCAGCACAUCCCGUUCCAGGGCGUCACCUCCGAAGAGCCAUUUAAAUUCCCCCACUUGGUAUCUGAACCCGCUGUUAUCCAGGGCAAACCAGGCCUCAAACCCUGUUUACUGCUUUGGGGAAAUCAGUCAAGGUCAGGGUCAGGCACCAAGGCAGGCAGGCAGAUCUAGAAGCAAUCAAAUAUGCUUGCUCUUCUCUGGCUCUCCGCGUUUGAUAGACAUGGGAAUCUUGGGGGCAGAGGGAGGGCAGGAAAACAGAAAGGGAUCAAAGGCGGCUGGUGGGAAAGCAGAUCUGUGAGCAGUUUUGUGUGUGAGAGCAGACCUGCACGCUGGGUGCCCUGUGGAGCGGCCAGCGGGAGACUGCAGGCUCUGCGGGAGUUGAACAAGGUGGUGCUGGCGGAGAUCAGCAUCGGCAGGUCUUGGGGGAGGUCACCUUGCUGCUGCGGAAGUCAGCGAGGGAAACAGGAGGUUGGGACAAGGCUAAAAGGCCCUGUGCUUGGAAAUUCCCCGCCUCUCUUGGCCCUGGCAAUCUCCACGUUGCCUUCGCAGAGUGGGCACAGGAAAGUAGAAUCCACUCCACAGCUCGAAUCCGCCCCCCGAGACAUUCUAAAGAGGCUUCUACAUCUAAUUAAGUUCCCUCCGCUGGUACGGGAGCCAGCUUCUCCAAUCUGGAACUCACCAAGCCUGUACCAUGAGAGGCAAAUGAACCCUGUAGGCUUUGCAGACCUCAGGGUCUCUACCAAGCUACCCAGCUCUGCUACAGCCCAAGGCAGCCGUGGACAAGGUGGAAAAGAAUCCGUGUGGCCCUGUGCCAGCAAAAAGCCACGCAGAGUCACAGAUUUGAAUUUCUUGUGAGAUCACAGAAUCAUAUUUUGAUGUUUAAAACCACUGAAAAAUGUUUAAGAAAAAAAAAAGCUUAGCUCAUAGAUUGCAAAAAACAGGCAGGGGGUCAGAUGCUGCCCGCGGGCCAUGGUUGCUUACGCUGUUCUAAUUCUCAGCCUUGGCUGAACAUUGGGAUGUUCAAAAACCUGAGGUCUGCGAACGAAGGCUAUGUUUUAAUGUAGAAUUUUCUUUUCCGGUGCUGGGGAUGGAACUCAGGGCACAUGGUAGGCAGGUGCUAUACUGCUGAGCUACACCCCAGGUGUCCUGGGCUGCAGUCUGGGCCUCCUGCUUCUCUAACUCGCAUCUGCUGGCUAAAUGUGCAGCCAUGCGCAGACUUAUUCCACCUCCCGCCACCUUGCUGACUUUCCUUAAGGUCUCUGUGCCUUGAUUUUUUUCAUCUGCAAAAUGGGGAUGAUAACUUGUUUUGCAGGUGUGUUGUGAAGGCUAAAUACAUCAUUCUUUUGAGGUGUUUAGAGCAGUGUCUGGCACCAAAUGUACCCCCUCUUCCCAUGUAAGCUACUGAAUCAUUCCAGAUGGGUUUCAGGGGGUGUUCUGUGCUGGAGCCACACAGGCUCCCUCCCCAAAGUGCAGAUUGAGGUUAGACUGUAGGUCAGAGGCUUUGGGCCAGCCUUGGCAGUGUGCUGGCUUCUGGGUCCUGAGGUGGGACCACCAGAGCCAGUGGCUUUGCAAUAACAGGUUCACGAGUGGAAAAAUUUCCCUGGGGAGAGUUGCGUAGGGCCCAAGAGGAAACCAGUAGCUGCUGUGACUGUCACCUGAGCCUGGCCUGUAUGUCUGUAUUUCUCCAGCUGAAGCCUUGCGGUGCUUCCAGAGACCCUCCAAAUUCCUUUCUGUGCUUUGUCUGGUGAUAUCAAGGGUGGCUUUUGUGUCUGCUGCAGAAAGCCUGAGGGAUGACCUGAGGAAAUGCCCCCUUAUUUACCCCCAGAAGAGUGACUUGAGCCACGGGAUCAAAUCCCAAAGUCAUGAUCCCCACCCAGGAGGCUGCAGGGUGAUGCUCACCCCCCCAGCCCACCCAGUAUUGAGGCAGGAGGUGCAGGGAUUCCAGGCUCCCUGGAUUGAGGCCCACUUUGCAGCUGGAGGCGAUAAACAUACACGGCAAGGAUCGAGGCUAGAAACGGACAGCAGGGCAGCUGAGUGAGAGAGUGGGCAGACGGAGAAGCAAGAUAUGGAGGCUCCCUCCCGCCUGGGGCUCACAGUAACCUCCACACUCACAGGCAACAGUGAGUGAAUGUGUGUGUGCAUGUGCACGUGCGUGCGUGUGUGUACGCGCACACCUGGGGACCAGAUCGGCAGUUUGCCACGUCAGGGCUGUAUCACAGCGAACAAGUGCGUGUUCUGACUCCACGGCAGAGCAGGGGACGUGAUGCGGAAAGCACAGCUGAGCCGUCUCUGGCCGCCAGAGGCUGUCUCCUUCCUCCUCACUGCGAUGCUGGGCCCUGCAGCAGCGCCUGGAGCUUGGAGGAGGUUGCAGGACGCUGGGCCCCGCCCCAUACCUGAAGCUCCAGGCCGUUGUCAUGCAUGAUAAAGUCUGACAGUCACAGGUCUGGGACACAGAGGGGAAACUGCACGCUGGACUGUUGGGGACAUUCAGAUGCUUUGGGUCAUCUCUUUUGUUUGUGGUACUGCAGACUGAACCCAGGGAAUGCUAAGCUAUACCCCCAACCUUGUUUUAAUAUGACUUUGACAAAGGGGCUCACCAAGUUGCCCAGGCUGGCUUUGUACUUUUGAUUUUCCUGCCCCGGCUCCUGGACCCAAGGACCUCAGUCUUAGGGUGUCUUAAAGUGUGGGAGCAGCGGGAGGAGGGUGCUACGCUCUUGUAGUUCCUACGACUUGACAACAGUUGCAUGAGUUCUUCCAAGCUGUAAAUAAAGAACGUGGUUGCUAA